CGAAAUUCGUUACCAGUAAUCUAUAAACGAAACAAAACAAAAUGCCAUCCAUGAGCCUGAAUCUCGGGAAGACAAGAGCUGUAGAACUUCUUCGGGGACGUUCUGACUUCAAGGCUCCUCGUCUUAGGCUUAAUGGAAUCAUCACUGCAAAGAGUACAGACGCUAAGAAUAAAGUUUUCUAUAAUGUAGUGCUCAAUGAGCUACCAGACACUAUCUUUGUACUUCAUAGAACCUAUUUAAAGUACGAAGGUGUCAUAGUUAAACAAGGGACCAUUGAUAACAGUUCGUAUACUGAUACGACGGUCAACACUAAUACUUUAGAGGAAGAUGUUAAUCUGGAAGAUGCUGAACCCAGCGAUGAGGAUGAGGAAGAGAUUCCAGUAUGCGAUGAGGUCUGGGAUACGAGAGAAGUGCAUACUAAUGCACGUCUAAGUUCCGGAAACAAUUAUCGUUCCAUAGAAGCAGUGUUUAACUUGCAAAACAAGGCGAUUGUCCCAAGCAUCAGUACUCAUGCGCAUAGUGUCAAAAACUGUCGGCAUGUGGACAAGAAGGCGUAUUGGUGGAUGGGAAACAGCCAUUUGAGGCCCAAUAUCAACUUUGGCGAAUUUAUGGAGUAUGGUCUUUUAGUAUCAGUACUUCAGUAUCAUGUUUUUGAGGUAAACUGUGGUAACUGGUUAGCUUCAAAUCCUUUUUACCAGAUCGGGAUGUCUUUACAAAAAUCCAAUGUGGUACUGGCAAGAGCACUUGAGCCUGGAUGAUAUAUAUUGUUAUGCGACAAAUCGAGCGCAUUUCCAAUUUUUCUUUCUUUUUAAACACC